AUGAGGAACCACAAGCUAGCUCCUACCCCUUCCUCCUCCUCAAAGAACAACAAGGUCCAGGAGCAGCCACACCUCUCAGGAGCUUACAUUAGGAGCCUUGUGAAACAGCUGAGCUCCUCAUCUGCAGCAAGAUCCAAAGACCACGGCACCAUGGGCGCCAAACCGCAUGCCCAACCACAACAAGAAGAUCAGCAACAAGCCCAAACAGCACCACCACCGCAGCAGCAGCCACACAAGAAGCAGGUGAGGAGGAGGCUGCACACCAGCAGGCCGUACCAGGAGAGGCUGCUCAACAUGGCAGAGGCCAGGAGAGAGAUUGUCACAGCUCUCAAGAUCCAUAGGGCCUCCAUGAGACAAGCCAAAGAGCAGCAGCAGCAGCAGCAGCAACAACAACAAUUGAUGCAACUGCAGCUGCAGCAACAACAAGAGGUUCAUCUAUUGCAAGAGCAAAGCCAAGCAGCGACUAGAGCUUCUGCGCCUACGAGCUACGGUUCCUACUCGGAUUACUUGUACAAUUCUCCAUUUUCACAUUUCACUAGUCCUAGCAGCUAUUCAUCCCCACUCACUUACCAAACACCAGUCGCGCCCUUGGUUAAUUCUGAGCAUAACUUAGAUCAUCUGGUCCCUCUUCCUGCACAGCCACUAGGCCUAAACCUUAGCUUUCAGGGAUUCAAUAGUUUCGUCGGUGAUGAUACCAAGAACAGUGCUUGUUCUUUCGAUCCUCCGUUGCUCCAACCAUCGCCUACUUCCUCCUACUCAGUCUACUCCUCUCCGUCGGUGACGAUGGCGAGCCAUGACCUGUCGGCUGUCACCAUGGAGAACACUUCACUGGCAGCAGAUGCGUCACUGCACCGAGUGCUCGACGACGAGGAGAUGGCGGCCAUCUACUCCAUCGGGGAGCAGCACGACAUCGAGUGGAGCGACACCAUGAACCUGGUCACCUCAGCAUGGUGGAGCAAGCUCCUUGAGAGCAUCGAAGACAAAGGCAACGCCAGCGCACACGCCGGAGGUGCUGCGAACACGGCGGAGGAUCCGUUGGUGGACAUGCCCGGUUGGUUUGGCGAUAACUUUGGCCAUGAGGCUAACGAAGAAAGCAGCUCUGACGCCCCUGGGAUGCAUUUGAACGACUACUACCAUCACAACGUGGAUGUCUCCUUGCCCGGUAUGGACAUCGGAGAAAUCGAGGGAUGGGAUGCAGAAUGGUUCUCUUGA